AUGUACGUGGUACUCAGGGUGCAAUGGUUGGAGGGCCUAGGACUGGGGGAUAGGUUGGUCACAUUGACAACCAAAACCAACGAAGGCAUCAAGUGGACGAGCUUGAAAAAUAUGGAGAAAUUGUGGAAAUGUGGCAGCCAACUUUUUGCUAUCAAUGUAGACAAUAGAGUUGAAGGGACCGAGCUGUCACCGCCGCAUCAUUAUAAGGUCUGGGACUUCUUAGAGCAAUUCGGCAAGGAGCACUUAGAGCCUGACGAGUGGGUUUAUUUUGCAAAAGACGUUGCACAUGCUCGGAAGUUGAUUUUACGGGUCGUAUCAGAUCAAAGAGCGUGCGGGCAGUGUGCCGUUUUGAUUCAAUUUGCUGGUCGAGUCUCAAAUUCAUGUGAUUUCUUAAAUUUUGACGCGCAGUUAGGACAAGAGAAGGGGCUGUGGGGUGUGAUAGGGAAGGGGACAGAAAUUUUGCACACGCUUAACAGUGACACAAUAUAA